AUGCAUCUCGUCCUUUUCUCUUUGCGUCGAAAAGCCACCAGCAUCAUCACAGCUGAUGAAUCCGAGUCGGACGCUUUAGAUGAGGAGUUGGAGGAAAUGAUUCGCAACGAGAAGUCUUUUUACAUAUUCGUUGUCUGUAUCACGAGAGUACAAGAAGCCGCAUGUCUCACCUUCAUCGACUCGAAGAAGGCUUUCGACUCAGAUGGAAGUGGUCAUGGAAGCCUUGGACAACCAAGCCGCGUACGAAGAAACUAUGUCAUUUAUGAGAAAGCCGAUGCUGAAGCCGAAACCAAAGUCGAAGAGGAGGACAAAGCUGAGGGAAAGGACAAAGCCGAAGAGAAGGAGAAAGUCGAAGAAAAGGAGAAACCCGGAGAGAAGAAAGCGGAAGAGAAGAAGCCGAAGAGAAGAAAAAAGCCGAAAAAAAAGGAGAAAGCCAAAGAGAAGGAGAAUGCCGUAGAAAAGGAGAAAGUCGAAGGGAAGGACAAAGCCAAAGCCGUUUAA